CUGAAGAAUCAAGAUGGCGUCCCACGAUGAGACAGGAAAGAGAUUUCGAUUCCAAUAAACGUACUUCUUUCAAGAGAAAGUUUAAAGACUUUAAAAGUGUAUUUGCGGGGAGGUGUAAAUACGUUUCUGGAGAAGCAAGACGGAGCAGAUACUGACUCUAAAUGGCUGCUAGGAAGUCUGAUACCCACAACAAUGGACCCAUUAGCUACCUUGAUGACGUUCCCUUCAAAAUCAACGAUAAGUUCCGCUGCCCUGCCAAAGUGGGGCUUCCCGUUGGCAUCUGCCUGCCCGACUGUGGUUCUGUGCUCGCCGACCUGCAGUAUGACUUCUCCCUGGAGAGGCGGAGCGUGCGCUGGGGGGCGGAGCUGGCUGAGGCCAGGGCGGCGGAGGCCCGAGCUGCAGAGGUGGCCAGGGCGGAGCUAGAGAGCAGGGAGCACUCAGCCCCUGCCCAGGACCCUGACGGGGGAUUGGCCUGCGGGGGGAAGAGACCAUGCCCUGCCGAGGAGCAGGACGCUCUCCCGCCCGCGAUGAACCCGCUGAUGGCCAGCUUGCACCACAACGCUAUUCUCACCCCGCUGCCUGCCCCAGCCAGGCAGACCGCUCCCAGCAUCCCGACCCCACAGUACCUUAACCUGGCUGACUUUGAGCGCGAGGAGGACCCCUUUGACAAGCUGGAGCUCAAGACACUGGACGAUAGGGAGGAGCUGCGCAACAUCCUCCAGAGCCAGCCACAGCCCCAGCAGCAGCCGCAGUCUGUAUCCCCGCCUGAGGCACCCCAACCCAGGCCAGCAUCGCGAGGCAGCACCCCUCCACCCCAGCUCCUCGCCACCAGCCUUCCAGCCAAAACGGGCUUUGCCCACAAACCCAACGGGCUGGUGGCGCUACUGGACAUGGACAGAGCUGGGGAUCUGUCUCGGGGACAGACAAUGGACCCUGACCGGCCCUGCAACAUCCGCUCGCUGACCUUCCCUAAGCUGUCAGACCCCGGGGACUCCUACUGUCCGCCGCCUGUACCACGUAGCCUACCCAACGGCAGCCCACCGGCACCCCAGCAGAAGACAGAGGAGCCACCCAGUCACACCCAACACACCAAAAAUGGGGCACCAAAGCAGAUAAGUGCAGGUCCUCCGCCUCUCCCGUGCAGUGGGGCGCUGCUCAGCCUGUCCCCCAGUGAGCGGCAAUGUGUGGAGACCAUAGUGGCCAUGGGCUACUCUUACGAAGGGGUCCUGCGGGCCAUGCAGAGGCGAGGCCAGAACGUGGAGCAGGUGCUGGAGUACCUGUUUACUCACGCCCGUCUUUGUGAGCGGGGAUUUGAUCCCAGUGCCAUAGAGGAGUGCUUAGAUAUGUUCCAAAACUCUGAAGAGAAGACCUUGGAGUUCCUGUCGCUGAUGACUCGGUUUGGUGAGAUGGGCUUUGAGAAGGACACCAUCAAGGAGGUGCUGCUGGUGCACAACAAUGACCAGGACAAGGCUCUGGAGGACCUCAUGUCCCGCGCCACAGCCAGCUGAGCCCUCCAACCAACCAUCCACCCACAGGCCUCUGGCUGGCUGGCUUCCUCCCAGUACCACCCGCCCGUCCACCCCUAAACACACAGUCCCCAUGCCCCAACCGUGUUACAGCACAGAGUGGAGAACUCUCACCCCACCCGAUAUAGCUCAUGACCCCAGUCUGGCCCACUCACACACAGUGACUCCAAGAAAGAUAGUAAACACAUACACUAACAUAAGUGAGAAAUGGGACCUUUGUGUUCCUGGAGUGUGGGGCAGUGGACAAAUGGACGCAAACGAGGGGGUUGGUUUAUGCUGACCACAUGCCUGUUUUACCUUUCUGUCGAUCAACGUGUGUGCUCCAUGAUGGUUUGAAGGAGGCGUGAACUUCCCAUAGGAGCAUAUAGAGGUGACCCGAUGCUGGACAGCACUUUGGUGGGUGUGUCUGACUCUGUGGGUGGGACUUGGAGGAGACAAUGGACCUAGAACUGUGAGGAACCACUAGCCAGGCUCUACUUUCUACAGAUAAACAGUUAACACUCCCAGCUAACUAAGCUGCCAUAUUCUGCUGUUUAGAGCAGGCCUACAAAAUGGUGGAGGGGAGGGGACGCCAAGCGGCCCAUGUGUGACUUACUGACCGACCGACGGCAGAACCUAGAAACGCAAAUGCGCAUCAUCGCAGAACAGAGAACUGACUCCAAGAAGUGCCCUCUUCCCGCGAAUGGCGUUCACAGAUAUCAUAUUUUCUAUGCUGUCAUUUUGCUUGUUCAUUUGUCUGUUCGAAAGGACACACAUUAUUUUAUAGAGGUUCUCUUUCUUUGCUUUCUGUUUUAGGAAGUGCAUUAACAGUAAUAAUAAUAUAACUGCUACUACUGCCUGUUGGCUCCUCCUGCACUGGAACAGACUGCAAGGCCAAUUAUUUUGCAGGAAAUAUAAAACAUGUCCAAAUGCAUACAUGUCCAAAAACCCAAUGGCACAGAGAUGUGAAAAACUGCACAGACACCACACCAACAUAGAUAUUGACUUAUUUAAAAAGUACACUGACAUUUAAUAAUGAGAUCAAUAUGAAGAAAAAAUGAAAAAUCUUGUAUGAUAAGCAAGCAAAAUGAUGGUGCUUUGAAACAGUCCCUAUUGGGGUCGAUUUUAUAGACUGGACAGAGAGAAGAGAAAAAUAAUGGAAAUGUUAGGUUGUUCUGCAACCAAAACGUUUGUGCAAUAGAUGUUUUAUGAUGUGACUGACUGGCACCUUUUUUAGACCCAGUGAACUUUUGGUGUCCCUGAGCAAAUCCCAAAAUGACUGAUGGCCUUUGCUGGAGACACGCUCACUGGAGGAGGAAAUCUGUAGAAGAAAAUAUUUGAUUUCAUUGUUUGCUGUCAUUUACUCCCCUCAUUAUUGGAGUUCAUGCUUCACUAUCAACUAUGAGUAGAGUUUGUCUGACUCGUCACACAUAUUCAUGCUGAUCUGAAUGUGUUUUGGCCUCACUCUGGUGUCAUGCAUAGGAAUCGGACUGGCAAAUCUUCCAAGAACAGGUCAGAAGAUAAAACAUCUUACCAGUUAGAUUUUAACCAUAUUCGUUAGGGUGAUAUUUUAUGUUCUAAUUGUACUUCAUAUAGCUAUGUUUUCACCUUGCAUCGAUCCUUUUGACUACUGAUCUGUGUGUAUGAGUCUACAGGUAUUUUUGAAGUGCCAUGAUGAUGCUCUCCAUUUCAUGUGUGAAUCUUGGUUCACAUAAAAGUAUCUCUGUCCUCUCCCAACCAAGCAGCCAGUUGAUUCACGCUUCAAGAUUACUUUUUGAAGAUGACAAAAUAUUUAUUUAGAAUACAACAGUCUUCAUCGCGGGGAGAUCUCUUUAUAGAACACAAGUCUUGAUCUCCUCUGUUAAUCAAGGGGAGAUCUCUCUGGUAAUCAAGGAGAUCUCGUGACACAUGAGAUUAAGGUCUGAAAAGCAGUACAUGGGAACGUGACUAUUAAAAUUGGCACUUCAAUCAGAGGUUGUAUCUAGUUCUGCCAUCUGAAGACGUGAACAAACAAUUGUUACAGAUUGACAAAAUCAUGUAGGCCUAUUGUAAGAAUCUGGCAUUGAGAACAUAUGUAGAGUUUGAUCUUUCUAUUGAUAGCAUGUUGCCAAUACAGAUAUGAGUGUGUCAGUCAUGGUCUUGGCAGUGUGUGCCACUUAACCCAGACGGAUCCACUUGCCUGCAGAUACUGAAACACCCCAGAUCCCAUUAUGAAUUAUUAGACUGUGAGCAUAGCGUCUAAAUGCCGGGCCACCUCCAGACCUUGCUCUGAACUAUAGGCGAACUUUAGCCUCCUGAUAAGUUGUACAUUUCCUUUGAACACUCAGACUUCUUUGGGGAGGGGGGCACAAGAAGCCAAGCCACAUAGAACAUGUUGAUGGUUGAGAGAACAAGUGCUAGCCUGCUUUUUUCAUUGUGGACAUUAUUGGGUCUAAUCCUAACUUGAUAUUGUUUUUUUGUGAGUCAAUGAGAGACUUGGGAAGGGCUGGUCUGAUAUGACGAAUCUGGAGUUUUAUGUCUUAAUGAUAUAAAUAAGUGGUGUUCCUGGUAGCUCCUGAAAUGUAGUUUUUUUUUUUUUUUUUUUUUUGUUUUCUCCUGAAUCAUUUGGCAGUUCUUCAAUGUGAUUAAACAUACACAUCUUUUCAAUGGUGUGGCUGUUACUAUUUAUAAGGUGUGUUGGUGUUUUUUAUCAAUGGUUAUUGGAAAACAAGUCAUUCGAUACAUUCUAGCUGUGGUAUGUUUUUCACCUGGUUUGUACAGCAGCACAAUGGUUUGGUAGCAAUUGUUAGACACGACAACAACAAUGCAAAGAGAUGAUUGUUCCCUGAGCAUUGUGGGUAAAGGCGAGAAACUUCCAGUUUUGUGGAGUGGUCAGCAUAAAAAAAAAAAAAAAAUUGGUGCCUUUAUUUAUGCUGCCUCAGUCAAAGUAGAUGGGCUGUUCUGUUCAUAUUCCAUUACUAACUUUUACAUCAGAGCCUGAGCUGUGCGGUUAUAUGCUCUAUCUACAUUUGUUCCAUGCCCGGUUCCAUUUUGGAACCCUUUGAAACUGCCAGUGUGAAAAAUGCCCUUUUGUGUUCACACAGAUCUCAGAGCUGUAUAAGUGGAAGCAAUAUGAUUGAAGCUUGACUGCCUAUUGAGGGGCUGCAUAGAGCAAUAACCACACUGCUUACCAGUGGUGGGAAAGUACUCAAUUGUCAUAC